AUCAAAUGUGAAAAAACAUCAAACAAAAUUCGCCCUCUUACCUUCUUACCGGCGUUUGUUGGAAGUGGCCAGGCGAUGCAAUGUUGAAAGGAAAGUCAUAUUUUUAAUAUUUGUUCUUUCCGUUUUGGAUUCUCAGCCAAGUCCUCACCAUAGACGAACAAUUAGUUAUAUUUAUAUUCUUAAAUGAAAUAGCUCUCUGGUUCGUCUGAAAAUUCAUCCUCACCCACAGAACUGCCGAACGUCAUCACGUUUGUUGGCAAAGAAACUAAUUUUAGAGGUUAUAUUUUAAGAACUGUUCUGAGUGGUUCGGCGUUCGUCCCUUUUCUUUUUCCACUCGAGAUUAUACAACGAACUGACUUUCUGCCUUUUCUCCGGAAAAAUAGUGUUAAAAAUAUAAAGAAAAGUGCGAAAGAAAAAGAAAGAAAGAAGACUCAUUCUGGAUUCUGGUUGGCACGGACAUGAUGAUGAAUAAGUUUGGAUUAGUUGCUGUUUUCUGGGUGGUGGCCAUUUUCUGUUUUUGGAUACCUGUUUCAGAAUGUACUGAAGGGGAUGGAGUUAUGGUGAAAAAUGGCACGCGGAAGUCUAGUAAUACACUGAAAUGCCAUGUUUGCAACUCACUACACAAUGACUCAUGUGAUUUUCUUGAAGACGACAGAUACCUUGUGGAGUGUAUCAAGGUAAAUGAUAAUCCACAAAAGAAUCAUACCAUUUGUAGGAAAGAAAUAAUCUCAGUCACAUCUGUGGAAUUUAACUUGCACUCCAGCAGAACUAUCCGAACAUGUGGCUACCAGAAACAUCCUAAAUUCAGCUGUUUCUACAAUUCAAAUCACGAUCUUAAAGAGACCAUCUGUGAAUGUGAAGAAGAUGGCUGCAAUGAAGGAUCUACUUUACGCUUCACUCUCCAAUUCUUAAUCUACUCUCUUCUCUCCACCUAUGUCAUGUCCCGAAUUACUACAUAAUUAGACUAUUACCAAAAUUUAUGUUGCACGGGUCUCAAAUUUAGUUUGUAUUUUUUUAGCAUGUUCCUUUAAUAUGAAAUAAAUGUUUUAGAAAGUAGAA